AUGCCUGUCGAUGAAACCAUUGACAUAAUCCUUGAGCGUGUCUACAGGAGUCAGUUAACGGCGCCCCUCAAAAUACCUGAAGCCUCGCUCCAUACACUGCUGGAGAUCUGCACCAAGAAGACCCUUUUCUCCACCCACCAUGGCCAGAUGUACCGCCAGAAGGACAGAGUAGCAAUGGGCUCCCCACUGGGGGUACUCUUUGCUAACUUUUACAUGGGCAUCGUGGAGGAACAAGUCUUCGCCAGGAUGCAGCAACCCCGCAGAUAUGGAUGUUAUAUCGACGACAUAUUUGUUCAAGUCGACGCCGAGGAUGAAGUUGAAGCCCUCCAUCAGGCAUUUCAGCAGUGCAGCGUGCUGAAUUACCCAGUUGAACACAGCACCGACGAUCAGCUCCCUUUCCUCGAUGUCCUUGUAAGGAAGACGGAAGAUGGUCUCCAUACUUCUGUCUACACAAAGAAGACCAACCUAGGACUUUGCCUCAACGGUGACAGCGAGUGCCCCGCCAGAUUAAAAAGCAUGACCGUCAGAGCCUUCAUCAGGAGAGCCCUCUCCCACUGCUCAACCUGGCAGGACACUCAUCAGGAACUUGACCGCGUCUCCCAAGUACUCGUAAAUAACUGGUAUUCAAAUAAAUUAAUAAGCAGAGAAGUCCGUACAGCCCUGGAGAAAUGGUACGGUAUUACAAAGCCUUCAUGA